CCGGUCUGGUCCCUGACAGCCGUUGUCAGGAGGUGGAUUCGGGGUUCGGUACUACCGGGGCGGUACCGGAGCUCCACCAGCAGAGGGCGGGAUGCUAGCGGGGAGCUGGCGUCAGGGGCUGGACCUGAGGAGGGCCAUGAUGUUAAUUCCAGUUUCUUUGUACUUGUCAGAGCAGAGACGGAGAAACACGCCGCUCUGACUCAUCACCGCAGACACACACCGACUCCUCGUGGCUGACCCGGCCCGAGCAUCAGACCUCUCCCUCAGACAAAGAGAGGAGCAGCGGCCGGAGACGGAGCGACGGGAAGCGUCCAGGAAGAAGAAGGGAAAAAAGAGGAAACUAGUGAGCAGCGAUGUCUGCCGUGAAGAAGAGAAACUCCAACUCGUCGGCGGACCGGGAGGAGGACAAGCAGGUCACCGAGAAGAUGCUGGACAAGUCGGGGUCCGGCGGAGGAGACACCCGGAGCCCGGCAGAGGACGGAGCGGAGGACGGGGUAGUGCUGAAGAGGACCAUCACCCUGCUAAACGGCGUGGCCAUCAUCGUGGGCACCAUCAUCGGCUCGGGCAUCUUCGUCACCCCGACCGGCGUGGUCCGGGAGGCCGGCUCGGUGGGACUGUCGCUGAUCGUGUGGGCGGUGUGCGGGGUCUUCUCCACGGUGGGCGCCCUCUGCUACGCGGAGCUGGGCACAACCAUCACCAAGUCCGGGGGGGACUAUGCCUACAUCCUGGAGGUGUACGGCUCCCUGCCCGCCUUCCUCAAGCUCUGGAUCGAGCUGCUCAUCAUCCGGCCGUCCUCGCAGUACAUCGUCGCCUACGUCUUCGCCACCUACCUCCUGAAGCCACUGUUCCCGGUGUGUCCGGUGCCGGAGACCGGGGCCAAGCUGGUGGCCUGCCUCUGCAUCCUCCUGUUGACCUUCGUGAACUGCUACAGUGUGAGAGCUGCCACCAGAGUGCAGGACUUCUUCGCUGCAGCCAAACUUCUCGCGCUCGGACUCAUCAUCAUCAUCGGCUUCGUCAAGAUCGCCCAAGGUGGAACCGAUGAACUUCUUCCGGAAAAUUCCUUCAAGGGCUCCAAAUAUGAGUUCGGCAGCAUCGGCCUGGCGCUCUACAGCGGCCUGUUCGCCUACGGGGGCUGGAACUACUUGAACUUCGUAACCGAGGAGAUGAUUGAGCCUUACAAGAACCUUCCUCGAGCCAUCAUCAUCUCUUUGCCCAUCGUCACUGCCGUGUACGUCCUCACCAACCUGGCUUAUUUCACAACACUGUCCCCAGAUCAGAUGCUGCAAUCGGAGGCCGUAGCUGUGGAUUUCGGUAACCAACACCUGGGUCCGAUGGCCUGGAUCAUCCCGGUGUUUGUCGGUCUGUCCUGCUUCGGUUCAGUCAACGGUUCGCUGUUCACGUCAUCCAGGUUAUUCUUUGUCGGUUCUCGGGAAGGUCACCUGCCCAGCCUGCUGUCCAUGAUCCACCCCACUCUGCUGACCCCGCUGCCCUCACUUCUAUUCACUUGUUUGAUGACGCUGCUCUACGCCUUCUCCAAUGACAUCUUCUCCGUCAUCAACUUCUUCAGCUUCUUCAACUGGCUCUGCAUCGCCAUGGCGAUCGUUGGGAUGAUGUAUCUCCGUUUUAAGAAGCCCGACUUGGAGCGACCGAUCAAGGUGAACAUCCUGCUGCCGGUGAGCUUCGUCCUCGCCUGCCUCUUCCUCAUCGUCGUCUCCAUCUGGAAAACUCCCAAAGAAUGUGCCAUCGGCUUCGGCAUCAUCGCCACCGGAGUUCCCGUCUACAUGAUUGGCGUCUGGUGGAAGAACAAACCCAAGUGGCUGCUGCAUGGAAUCUUUUCGACCACAGCUAUGUGUCAGAAGGUGAUGGAGGUGGUUCCUCAGUCGUAGAAGCCCCGCCUCCCACCUCAGCCGGCGGCCAAUCAGACUGCACCAACAGUGACCUCUGGGCUCCGACAUCACGACCGAUGAAGCUUGACCUCUGUUGACCAGUCUUUCUCCCACACAGAAACACACCCAACCAGACCCACACCCUGUCCAGUCUGCAGGGCGGCGAUGAGGACCUGAAGGAGGCAACUCCGCCGUCUUCUCCUGUUCUCCUUUUCUCUGCGGUUUCUUUUGUUACUGACAUUUUUGGGUUGUUUUUUUCACUUUUUUCAGUCUCUACCAGUUGUAGUUUCAUGCAUUGUUGUUUCUCAUUGAGUUGUUGUUCUGUGAAGACGUUCAGGUAAAGUGACCUCCCGCUCCCUUUAAGUCUUUAGAAAGUCGUGCCUUACGUGGCAUUAAUGAAUUCAGAGCCGCCACAGGAGUUUGUCAGUUGUUGACAAUGACAGAGAUGAAAUCCUGAGCAAACGAGGAGCCGCGAGACUUUUGAUUUCCAGAAGUGGAAGCGGCGUUGAUGUCAUUUAGCAGUUCAAAGCGUCCUGCUGUCGCUGGAUGUUGUUACAUGUCAUUUAUGAGAAUGAAAUGUUUUUAAUAGCAAUCAGCUGCUGCGGUUUACCCUCAUGAAGCCCAUUUAAUAUUUGUCGUAUUUCAGGGUUGAAUUAAGUCAUACAUGCAUGUGCAGUCUACUGAUGUCGUCUCACAGGAUUUCUGUGUAUUUUUUCUUUAAAGAGCCCAUUUUAUGCACAUUUAUUGCGUCUUCUAGAGCAUAUUAGAUGCUGUAAUGUUCAAAUAACACAUUAUUUCAGUCACACUGUACCUCCUCUUUGCAUUUUCUGUCUGAAAUGCCUCAUUUUAGCUCCUUUUUCUGUGUUGUUAUUGGUCAGCUGGUCCGACAAAUGCAAAGGUUUUGUACUGUAGCUCCAAAACCCAAGGGCCAAACUAGCUGCUAAGGAGUUGCUAUGCUAAUAUGCUAAUAUGUUGCAUGGUGACGUAAACAGAAGAAACUUAUACGACUUAAACAAGGCAUUUCAGGCAGAUAAGUAGCAUCAAUUUAAGACUAAAUUAAAGGGAAAACACCCUUAAAAAAGCAUAAUUUGAGCUCUGAAAAUCACCAGAUCGACAGAGCUGGGAAACCGUCUGCCACUGAGGAAAAGUGGGUCAAAACUUUUUUCUGCUGUUGGUAGUUUUCCGGGUCACUGAGCUCGUGUUCACUUUGGGGAUCGAUAUGUGAGCGUUCUGAGCUGCCAGGGCGCCGUUGACGCUCCGCCAGUCGAGUUUUUGCAGCCGAUUUACUGUACAAACUGUAAAACAAACAAACAAACACACAGGUCGGAACGAGAUGCUUUUAGCGUAGCUCGUGUUUUUGUGGAGGAAAUUUUUCACUGAUCUAUUCUCCGUUACGCUUUGCUGGUGGGUGGAAGGUCAAAGAGGACGACAGGCUUCAGUCUGUGGAGAGAAAAGUGAAGGAGGGAGUUUAUUUUUUAUUAUUUUGGAGAAGGUGCAGACACAUCACAGUAUGAACUGCUAGUUUUCAUUCUUUUUCCUUUUUGUUUUACUUCACACACAGUCAGGCGACAACCAGAAGUUUAGUGCUGUAUUAUUAUUAUUAUUAUUAUUAUUAUUAUUAUUAUUAACGUGGUCCUCCAUCCCGGCAAAAAGGACCAAAAGCACACGUUGCCGUGGAAACGGGAGGGGUAAAAAAAGUGUGACUUUUUAGACCUAGAAGCCUUUUUUCUUCUAACACUCCAGCCGUCGCACAGAGCCGAUGGGGGAGUAAAACUAACCUGGAUAGGACUGUAGAAAGUUUAUUUAUUUAUUUUUUAGUAGACUUUAUUUGUUUGUUAUUUAGUCCCUCUAAUUUGUUUACAGGGCAUUUUGUGAAGAAGUGCUUUAUAAAUAAAUUUUGAGUUUUUUUCCA